CUCUUUUCUAGCUACCAUUAUCCCUCAAGUAAUUCUUUCUCCUAGCUCUCUUUAAACUGAAAAAGAAAAAACAUGGCAAAGAGCUUCAGUUUCUUGAUCUUGGCUUUGCUUCUACUAUCUACUGCACAAACCAGUCCUCUGUCAACCACUAUUGGGCAACAGACUGACUACUCCCAGAUACCAUUUUUUUCACCAGAAUCUAGUUUCAUUGAUGAUGAGUGCAAAGGUUUGGAUGGUGAAGAAUGCCUGAUCAGAAGGUCCUUGGCUGCUCAUACCGAUUACAUUUACACCCAAGAAAACGUUGCACCAUGAUGUUUUUGUAUUUUUCUUUUUUUCUGUAAUGUUAAUUCGCAACUGAAAAGUAAU